UUGUAAAAACACGGUGCAAACUUUAUAUAAUGCCUUUCCUGCAUCCAUCCACCCCCUUUUCAUUGCUCAAUUCAUCAAGAUUAUCAGUUUCUACAACAUACACAUUAAGCCUUAGAGACUAAUUAACUCAUGAUUUAUACUAAGAAAAUGCUAUCAUACCAAAUCUAUAUUAUAUCGAGCUUCAAAUUUAGAUUGUUGAAUAUAAAGAAAUGGAUCUAAGAUAUUUUUUUUUUAUGAUGUGAGUCACCUACUAAUAAAAAUGUCUUGCCCACAUAAAAUCAUGUGGAGUCUAAUGCAUUUAUGAUUAGGUAGUAGGCUCCAUAUCAAUCUCUAGGGAACACUAAUGGAAGUAUGUUGUCUUGGGGACUAACAAAGCCAUGAAAAUGCAAUGAUGCUAAAUCAAAUACCAUAUGGAACUUCGAAUUGGACCACCCUCGAAGUCUAUGAUUAAAUUUGGACAUUUGAAUAAAGAUCCAAAGAAAUUAGAAUCAGGGACAAAGAUAUGUGAGGUUGGAUUGGUCACCCAUUAAUAUCUUUUUUGACGAUGUGGCGAUUUUUGAUUGGUCGCCUACUAUUAAAAACUUGCCGCCUGUGUAAAAUCAUGUGGGUCCUAGCAUAAUUAUGAUUAUUAGCUAAGAGACUUCAGUAAUCUGUAGAGAUCACUAAGGAAGGGAAGGGUGUGCUGCAGAUGGUGGAAAAGGCUAUGAACCAGGGGUGGGUGUAUUCUUUAAUCAGUAGGUGAAAAGAUGGUAUUUAAAGAAGAAAAGAAGAUUACUUUUGUUAGCAUCUCCAAUCCAAAGGGUUUAUAGAAGACAAAUGUGUUGCAUUGAUUGUUAGAAUGAAGGCUUUUCUCUUUAGAAAGGCUGUGGUUUACCACCAUACGCGAUGUGGUCAUAUAAAAUACAUUAUUUCUCAUCUUUCUUUUGAAGCUCCACUCACCUCAAGGGGGAUACUUAGAUAUUUUUAGAGACUCUCUCUGUCUGUACUUAGGAAGCCAGACCCUCAAACUUGACUGCUCAGAUUAAUCUUAUCACAUAAAAAGAAUGAUUAGGGAUUUAAAAAGCUUUUAAUAUUUUUCCUUGGGUAAAGCUAUGGUGGUGAAAGCCUUGUAAUCUGAACUUGACGAAUAAUCUUUGGUUGUUUUUUUUCCUUAGCAGACAAGGGAUCCUGUUUCAAAACCAAGAAGAUGCCAUGGGAAUACUUUACUUGGCAUACCAUGUAGGUAUCAAUUGGAAUUUGGAAGAUGGUUUUAGGGUUGAUGGUGUGGUGUAUGAUUUUUGUGAAUGUGGGCAUGGAAAUUAGCAGAAUCAUACAUAUCAUUACUCUUAGAAAAGGAAAAUGGAAGGUAAAAAAAUACAAUGAGAUUUCACUCUCAAACUCACAAUCAAUCCAAAAACAAACCCAACCCAACCCAUUACUCAAUUAUUCCUCCUCUCCCCCACCCUUCUUUUUCCCCCUCAACUACUCAAAAAGCAAACCAAAUAAAUCCCCCUCCACCACACUACCCUUCCCCAAAACCCAAGUGCUAGCCCAAGCCAAAGCAGUCCAAAAAACCAAAAAGAAAAGAAAAAAACUAUGGUGGCCUUGCCAGUCAUAGUGUUGGUGAUGCUGCAACUUGUAAGUGGCAUCACCGCCACCUCUACCACUACAGCCGCCUCCGCUGCCACCGCCGCCAUCAAUAACUCUUCCUAUCCCACCUUUCAACACUUGAAUGUGAAGGAAACCAUUGCAGGGACUAGAAUAAUACCUCUUGAAGUAUCCGAGGAUCAUGAAGAAGGUGGAGAGAAGUGGAUGAUGAAGGUAGUUCACAGAGACCAGUUGUCCUUUGGCAACUCCGAUGAUCAUCGACACCGUUUGGAUGGGCGCCUGAAAAGGGAUGCGAAAAGGGUGGCCAGCCUCAUUCGCCGCCUGUCCAGUGGUGGUGGAGGUAGUUAUCGGGUGGACGACUUCGGAACUGAUGUGAUUUCAGGCAUGGAGCAAGGAAGCGGAGAAUAUUUCGUUAGGAUAGGCGUUGGUAGUCCUCCUAGAAGCCAAUACAUGGUUAUUGAUUCAGGCAGUGACAUUGUAUGGGUCCAAUGCCAGCCUUGUACUCAGUGUUACCACCAGUCCGACCCAGUGUUUGACCCUGCUGAUUCAGCGUCUUUCACCGGAGUUUCUUGCAGCUCCUCAGUCUGCGACCGCCUCGAGAAUGCUGGCUGCCAUGCCGGCAGGUGCCGGUAUGAGGUCUCAUAUGGUGAUGGCUCCUACACUAAAGGCACACUUGCACUGGAAACUCUCACAUUCGGACGCACCAUGGUUCGUAGUGUUGCCAUCGGGUGCGGUCAUAGGAACCGGGGCAUGUUCGUUGGGGCGGCCGGUCUACUCGGCCUUGGUGGAGGCUCUAUGUCCUUUGUAGGCCAGCUUGGUGGCCAGACUGGUGGUGCAUUCAGCUACUGUCUUGUGAGUAGGGGUACUGAUUCAUCCGGGUCACUGGUAUUUGGCCGUGAAGCGCUGCCCGCAGGCGCCGCAUGGGUGCCAUUGGUUCGCAACCCUCGGGCCCCAAGCUUCUACUACAUCGGGCUGGCGGGUCUAGGUGUUGGAGGGAUCCGGGUUCCUAUAUCAGAGGAAGUUUUCCGACUAACUGAGCUGGGUGAUGGUGGGGUUGUCAUGGACACAGGCACUGCUGUGACUAGGCUCCCCACACUGGCCUACCAGGCCUUCCGUGAUGCCUUUUUGGCGCAAACCGCCAACCUUCCAAGGGCCACAGGGGUGGCAAUCUUCGAUACAUGCUAUGACCUACUUGGAUUUGUGUCAGUCCGGGUUCCAACAGUGUCAUUCUACUUCUCCGGCGGGCCAAUUCUAACCCUUCCAGCAAGAAACUUCCUGAUCCCAAUGGACGAUGCAGGAACCUUCUGUUUUGCAUUUGCUCCAUCCACUUCGGGGCUUUCCAUAUUAGGGAACAUUCAGCAGGAGGGGAUUCAGAUUUCAUUUGAUGGAGCAAAUGGGUAUGUAGGAUUUGGUCCCAACAUAUGCUAAGUAAAUACAAAAGCUGCAGUUGAAUUUUGCUAGUCCUAGUAACACCAGUAUUCGUAGUAUUAGUAGUAUGAAACGGGUAUGAAUCCAUUGAUAUCAUGUAACUACUGUUUCACUUUGUGUAUUAGACUACAAUUAUGCUUGUAAAACUUCAAGGGUUUUAAGGUUUUGAGGUCUCGCUCAAGUGGCAAGGGUUCUAGGUUUGAUUUCA